AUGUUCAUCGGGCCGGACGGCUGUGCCGACCAGAACGGGAUAACCGCCGUCACUUCAAUUGUCUAUCGAUCGAUAAGUCACCUACAACAAAUCGCCGCGAUUCUCACCGUAAUCCUGACCGUUCCCGCCAUCUACCUUCUUCACUACAAAUGUCCAUUCCAAAGUGCGACCCGGCUACUUUUGGUCAUAGCUGUGUUUUUCGCAAACACCUUGGCUGGCGUCACGUUUGUCAUGGAGGUAAGGGUUGAAAAAAAUUCAAGAAGGGCUCAAAAUAUUUUUGAAGCUACUUGGAAGCUUUUAAGAUUUCUUGGAACCUUGAAAAUUCACUUUUUGCUGGAUCGAGGGUCAUUCAAAAAUGUUUAUUGUACUCCAAAAAGGGCUUUUAAUGAAAAAUGGUUUCAAAAAAACUGUUAAAAAUAUUUUUUGUCUUCAAAAAUUGACCUGGCCGUACUUGGAAAGGCUUGAAGCGUCGCGGUCGCGUUGCGGCUGUUCCAAGUUUCGAAAUGCGGAAGUCGCUUCUAGUCGGGCGCACCUGAGAGCCAUUCCAAAUGCGGUCACAUGCUUACAGAUCAGAGAAAUUCGGGUAUUAGUUCAAAAAAUAAAAGAAAUUUCCUCACUUUUAAACUUUCUACAAAUAAGUUUUGGACGGUCUAACCUCCCUUCGCCCUCUAAUUUCCAUAUGCUAUCUCGAUUUUCUGGUGAGGGAAAAGAGGGCGCAGACAGGCUAGACAGUUAUGAAAAUGAAGCUUAUUCUAUUUUUGAAAAAAAAAAACUAAUUAAUCCAUUCCCAAUAACCGAAAGAAUAAUUAACCCAUUCCCAAUAACCUUUUCGUCAUUUUCUCGAAACCCAACUAGUUCUAUUCUCCAGACCGGCGCCGUGUUCCGAAGCUACAUGUUCAGCGAAAAGCCCUGCGAAAUCACGAUCAAAACAACCGAUUGUUUUUAUCACAGCCUUUUCGCCAUUUUCAGUUGCUCGGGCCUAAUUGUUAUUCCCUAUGCUUUGAGUGUUGAUAGGUUCGUUAAAUUAUCGAUGAAUGGACUAAAGUUCAAAUUUAGAGUUAUUUCAACGUUGUUUCCAAAGUUCUACGAUCGGUUUGGAAUGGGCGUCUGUGCGAUUUUGUGCUUUAUAACGGUGAGUUUCUUUUAUUUUUGUCGUAAAAAACCUUUUUCGGGUCUUGAAAUUUAAAGGCGCAUAGAGAAAUUCAAAAAAAGGUCACGAAGUUGAGAGACUUUUUCAGCAUUUUUAAGUGAUGUUUAAAGUCAAUCGGAUAAUUUUUUCGAUUUUAAGGACAUUUGUCGAUUUUAAAGGCGCAUAGACUAGUUCAAAAAAAGGUCAUGGGGUGAAAAACACCUUUUGAAAGCGUCAUUUGGAGGUUUUUUUAAAUCCCGAUGAAAAUAUUUGAUUUUAAAGGCGCAAAGACAAUUUAAAAAAGGUCGCGAAGUAAAGAAGUCCUUUUUUUCAAAAAAUCUCGAUUUUAAAGGUGCAGAGGCUUUAUUCAAAACGGGUCCCGAAAAGCCGUUUUUCCAUUUUGAAUUUAGUUAAAAUGUAUCAACUUUCCCAAAUUCUCCCUUCAUCUAUUUCGUGAAAUUUAGUACUUGUGUGUGAGAAAUAAAACAUUUUGAUUUUGAUUUGAACUUUAAAGGCGCAUAGACGAUUUCAAAAUAAGGAACCGGAUUGAAAAAAGUGUCAUUUCGAGGUUUUUUCGAAAUUAUGAUGAAAAUAUUCAACUUUAAUGGCUCAAAGACGGUUUAAAAAAGGUCACGAAGUAAAAAAGUCCUUUUUUCAAACAAUCUCAAUUUUAAAGGCGCAUAGGCUUUUUUCAAAAAACGGGUCCCGCGGCGAAAAUCUGUUUUCUUGCCAUUUUAAUCUCUUUGAAGUUUAUCAACUUUAAAGGCGCAUAGACGAUUCUAAAACAAGGUCCGGAUGGAAAAAACCUUUUAAAGCGUCCUUUGGAGGCUUUUUCAAAAUCCUGAUGAAAAUUUUAAGUUUUAAAGGAGCAUAGGCUCAUUCUAAAAGGGUCCUGGGGCGAAAAACCGUUUUCCUGCCAUUUAAAGUUCAUGAAAAUUCUAUAGUUCAUUCACCAUGAUUUGAAACAGUCUGACCUGUCUGCGUCUCUUCUUUCUCACCGGAGAGGUCAUAGAAAAGAGAGCGCAGAGAAAGUCAGACUUCUGAAGGUCGCCACGAAUGGAUUAUACCCCUUUUUCUUCUUCUUUUUUCCUGUUUAAAGGUCCGAAUUCAGAUCUUCUACAGUGCCUUCACGACCUACUAUCUCGCUGAUCCAAACGCUCCAUCCGAGAUUUAUCUCCGAUGUACUGACGUGGCCAGUUAUCGGAUGGCCCCAUUAGCCACUUUUAUUAAUUAUAACGCUAUGGUGUUGAUUUCCUGUGUCUUUAUCACCAUUUUCGUGAUUAUGAUCAAUCGCCGGAGGGAAAACAGGUUGGAGCAUUUCAAAAGCUAUUAAAAAACACUGAUAGAUCCUCAGAACUUUCGAAGUUCUCUGAUUAUCUAGAGAAAUUUAGAGUCCUAUUAAAAUCACUAGGAUUCAUUAGUACUCUCGAACCGUGUCAAAACUUGUAAAAGUCUCCAGAAAAUAAAAAUAAAAGUCUAAAGGCUACGAAAAGCUUCUUAACGAGCUCGAAGAAAAAUGUGAAGCUUCUGGAAAAAAAAAUUUACAUUUUCUAAGGUUCUCCGUGUUGUAUCUAGAGCUCUUUGCAAGAUUAAAAUGUUCCAGAAUCCUUCAGAACUUAAAAACGAUAGAGUGGCCCCUUUAGGGGCAGGUAAAGUGGUCCCUAGAGGGGAGCCUUCAAGGGCCCCUAGAGGGACCACUCUGGAGCUCCUAAGACCAUCAAAAAGUCCACAGAACCUCGCGAAAACUACUAAAAUGACCUCUAAACCCUAAGGACCUUUAUGAAUUAAUAUUUAGAAAGCUAACUGUGAUCUUCAGUCCUAAAAUUUGUCCGGAACAAAAUGAAAUUUCUUCAAAAAUUAUGAAAAAUUACGAGAAUCUACAUGAACCUAUUGAUUUGUCAUACAAAAAGUCCUCAGGAAUCUACCAGAGUUUUCAAAAAACCCUAAAAAUCAAUUUUCCAGAAUCCGUUUCGACAUCAAGAUCCGGUACCGACAACGAGAAGCCCUCCUAACUUCCCAGGUCGUCUGUUGGAUAACCCUAGUCCUAGUCUUCGGCUUCUCUCUCUACAUCGGAAGCCGAGUCGUCUUUCGGACCCUCAAAUUGGACUCGUCAACCUUGUGGGUCUACCUACUCGGCCGGGCUUUAUACGUGAGCGUUUUUUUCUUCAAUUAGAGAGACCAAAAGAACAUGGGAGAGAGCUCAGGAAAAGGCUCAGAUGAAGCUCAGAAAAAGCUCGAAAACCCAAGGGAUCAGAGGGAUUACCAAGAGAACUUGGAAAACCAGGAAAAAAAAAUAAAGAUAAUGACAAUUUUUUUAAAAAAACGAGAACAUUUUGAUUUGUGGUUUUUGAUGAUCUAUUUAGAAUUGAAGAAGGUUUUUUCAAAAAAUUUUUAAAUGGCGCCGAAUAAGAUCAAUUUCCGUACUCCCUCUGACGCAAAUUUGCGGACUAAACAUGUGAAUUCACGCACAAAAAAAGAUUAGAAAUGGUUUUUGGUAGUUUAUUCUAGUUUAUUAAUGAAGAUGCGUCUAGUGACAAAAAAAUUUUGAAACAUCAAAAAAAAAAAAAUUCCCAGGACAAUUUUUCAUUUUUUUUAGUGAUGAAAGUUUCAAUUUUGGUUCUGAAAAGGCAGAAAAAACAAUGCUUAAAAAAUCGAAAAAAAGGCUGAAAAUAAGUCGAAACGGGCUCAGAAAAGGCUGAAAAACAGCUCGAAAAUAGUUUUGGGAGUCGUUUUUUUUUUACAGUCUUUGGUUCGAAAGAUCACAAGUGUUGGAGCCUUCGUAUCUGUCCGAUAUUUUUUUUUCUAAGCUAUUUUUGCGGCUCAACUUUCUUGUAGUGAUUAAUUAACCCUAUAAACUCCUAUUUUUGAGCUGUUUUUCAGCCUUUAUUGAGCCCUUUUCGACUUAUUUUGAGCUUAUUUUCGUCUUUUUCAUGAAUACCUUCAAAGCUGAAAUUCUGAGGGGCUUAUUUUAUUUUUUGCUAUUUUUAAGUCAUUUUUGAGGAAAUUUUUGAUGGUUUCUGUUUUUCUUAAGCCUUACCUGUCCCCAUUUUUUUCUUAUUAAAAAAACCCUAAAAUAUUCUCAAAAUCGGCUCAUUUUUUUCGAUCUGAAGCUAUUUUUUUCAGCAGUCAAAUUUCAAAAUUUAUUAUUUUUUUAAAGUUAUCUUUUACAGUUGACCUUAUCUUUUCGAACCAUUCUCAAACCUUUUUUGCGCAUUUUCCUUUUCAAAAAUCGUUUAAAAAUCCCACUUUCAGACAUUUCCCUACGCGGCCGCAGCCACCCCCGGAACGAUUCUCUACGCCUUCCAAUAUGUGAAAAGUCAGAGAAGUAACAUAAUAAAAGACCUGACAACGGCUCGAGAAACGACCGGGUCCAGAAUGAAGGAGCUCAACGUCAUGUGGACCACCUUCUACAAUAAUAAAUAUACUCAUUUUUGA